AUGGACAACAGCCACAUCACCUGGGUUGAUAAAGGAGGGAGGGUUCUGAACCUCGUCGGACAGGUUCCUGUCAAGAUCAGCCGUGCUGGAGCUUCACUCGUUAGGCCGCGACAGAACUCCUGGGCUCACCUACCGCCUACACCGCAACGACGCCGUUCAUCCGUCGUAACGGCCAUGCAGUUCAUCAACCCUUUUUCCGACUCACGCAGGUCGCUCGAGUUCGGACGCUACCGAGAUUUUGACACAGAUGAACCCGCUUUUGUCGCUACUAUUCGGUCGGCGAGGAACUCCGUCUCUUCCUUCGUCAACGAUCUUCACGUCGGAGAACACCCCUGGUGGGACAAGUUCUUCCAGCUCCUUCUAUACCUGAGGACCAUCUUGUUCAUGCUGUUGCCCACCUUCAUACUCAGCCCUAUAAGCCACUUUUGCAGCAGAUCAACCAAACUUUCACCCCCAAAGCGCCUCAGACCGACGGCCUACCUCGACGGUCUGCGCGGCGUCGCGGCAUUCACGGUCUACGUCUAUCAUUUUACUUACUUGUGGUUCCCGAAGCUCCGGCAGGGCUAUGGCUCAGAUGAGGAUAACAUGUGGUUCUGGCAAAGGACGAUUAUCAAGAUCUUCCAUUCUGGCCGGGCCGGUGUCACCAUCUUCUUCGUUGUAUCCGGCUAUAUUCUCACGACCAAGGUCCUCGCCAUGAUUUACAAGCGCAAGACUGACAAAAUCGUUUACAACAUUUGCGGCUCCGCGUUGCAUCGCCUCCUCCGACUUUACAUCCCCAUCAUCGCGGCUACCUUGCUCAUGUCAAUAAUCGCCUAUUACGGCUACUACUUCAAAGACUCUUCAGCCAUUCCAAUGCCAUCCGUUGCCAACAACCUUCUCGACCAGAUCAAGUACUGGUUCUGGGGGAUUUUGAACUUGAUCAAUCCUUUCAAUACCAUCAUCGGCCGAGACGACACGGGGCGCAUGGCUUAUGAUGGGCAUCUGUGGAUUAUCCCCAUCCAAGUGAAGGGCUCCUUGCUCGUCUUUACACUCCUUCUCAUGUUCUACCGCGUCAACAGGUGGAUACACAUUUCAGCUACGACCCUAACUAGCUGUUUUCUUAUCUAUUUCGGAGACUGGGACGUCGCUCUCUUCCCCAUCGGUCUCCUUCUGGCGGAGCUUUUCUACAUGGUCCCGCCCAGCAUGCCGCAGGAUGUCCUGCCAAUGUGCAACAUGCGAAUCGGCCAAAAGGCGGUAUUUUGCUCUCUCAAAGCCAUUCGUCAUUUGUGGACGAUUAUUGCAUUCUUCCUCGGUAUUCACCUCAUGUGCUACCCCGAGCUUAAGGGCUCCUGGACUCCAGGAUUCAUGUGGCUCUCCUCGCAUGGUAUUCCCGCGUUCUUCCGUGACAGGGACGACAGGACCCAACUUCACUGGAAUGCCGUAGGCUCCAUCGUCGUCCUCCUCGCGCUGAUGUACUCCCCGCCGGUCAACUUCAGCAACAUCUUCAGACGCAACAUCCGACUGCCGUGGUACCGAACCCAUCCGGAUCUCGAGGAGGAAGACAAGGAAGAGAUGGAAGCGGCGUCGUCAGCUGCCACCGCCCCCCGGUUCUCUGAAAAGGAACCGAUGCGCCGCGAAAGCAGGUCCGAGAGCGUGGCUUCUGUCUUUGUCGUGACAGACGAGGGCGAGCCUCUGCUGCAGCGGCUGUUUACCGCCAGGUUUCCCCAGUACCUGGGCCGCAUUUCCUACUCCCUCUACCUUUGGCACGUCGUCGUAAACCACACCAUUGGCAUGCGGUGGCUGAUCCCUGCGUGGGAUUCCCUGAUGAGGACAGAAGCGGAACUGGCGGAUCCUUAUCAAGCAGGCACUUCAGACUCUGUCGCUGCGACGAUCCACAAAGCCCAGAGAAGCUAUAUCCUCGCGUUCGUGUGGGCGAGUCUAAUCAAUACCUUGGUUCUUUUGUGGGUGAGCGAUGUGUUCUACCACUUGGUUGACGAUCCUGUGGUGAAAGGCACCCGUUGGGUCGGAGAGAGGUGCUUUAGGGAAAAGACGACGAACAGGGACUAG